AUGCACUCGUUCGGGUACCGGGUGAACGCCUUGGUGACGUUCGCCGUGACGAUCCUGGCGAUGCUCUGCGCAAUGGCCUCCCUCUCCGACAACCUCAAUGUCCCCUCUCCGACCGCCGAAGUCGAGGUAGGGUCUUCUCUUCUUUGCUCGGUGUCAAUGGACUUCGAAUCGUGUUUGUCCCCUUUGACGUGAUCGAACUUUCUCCCAUAACAGAUUUUAUCAAAUGUGUAUUCAAUUUUUCCAUUUUGACGGGCAUUCAAUGGGAAUUCAUUUUUGUUCUUUGUAUGAUUGUUGUAGCGGACAUAUUUCUGAGUCACGAUGACAUUUUCCUCCCGCAUGUUUGAAGAACGUUUCCGUUAAAACUUUGAAAGUUUUGUAAACGCCGAUGCAUUAUUAUCUCUUCGAAAUUUUUCGCGUUGCUUUUAGCGAGAUCUAUGCUGUCGUCUGUCACUGCUAGGUUCCUGAAAAAUGCUCGUGUCUAUUUCCUUUUUUUGAUAUAUUUUUUUGCAUAUUUUAGGUAUUAAAUAUAAACUGGUUCCAGAGACAGCCUAAUGGAAAUGACGAGGUGAUCAUCAACCCUCUCAAAUAAUUUUUAUGAUUUUUUGGUUUAUCAUUUAGCAUCCAAUGUUAAAUUUUUCUUUAUUGUUCUUUUGUAUGCUUAAAACUCCUUAUAUGCAUCUCUCUAUGUUGUAGGAAAAAACUCAAAAACUGUCAAAAAAUGGCAUUUCUAUAGCAUGAUCCAUGAUCAGAACCCUCGUCUAUUUCAUAAUCAUGACACGAUGCCUUUUUUUUUGUUAAUUUUCUUUAAUGAUGAAAGGCCAGGCGCUCCUCAUCCUCUACUUGUCAACUACAUCCCGUUCUCUGCCUGAUAGGACGCAACUCACCACACUUUCCUCUCCAAUGGGCUACACCAAAUCCUCUCUUGCUGCUCCCUUGAUGCAGCACUGACGUAGGAGAUAGCAGAAUCUGGCAUUGAAUCUAGGAAGCAUGACGAAGAAACCAGGUUUUGAAUCCUCAGAACUGGCAAAUCUAACCAUUGAAUUCACAAGGGCUUGUUGAGGCGGGCGACUUUAAAUCCACAAGAUCAAGAUGGUUCCUCUUGAAUCCACAAGGGUUGCUUGAAUUCACAUGCAAAAAGAUAGAAACUUAAAAGGAGGGAAAAUUUCUUAAUAACUGAGCAAUGCCUCUAUUGCUACAAUGUGGGUACUUUAAAUAGGCUGAGUUUCCGUUAUGGCGCCCUUAGAAGGACGGAUUGGUUUUAGUGACACUUUAGAAUAGAUUUCAAGCGCUUUAAAACCGCUCUUAAAAAUACCUUUAAAAUGUGCUUUAAACCGCUUUUAAAAAAUGCUUUAAAAAUGCGUUUAAAAUAGGGCAUCAAAACAAAUUCAAAACGUACUAAUAGCAGGAAAACUAAUCUUUGAUGCGUUUAUGAUGGGUUUUAUUAUGGGCAUAAUCUUAUUUUCGGCCUUUUAUGGUCUUGUUAUCUUUUUCACCCAUCCAUCACACAUCCAGAAUGCUUAGCCCACCAAUUUUCAGCCACCUGAGUAAAAACAUUUCGCUGUUCUCUUUUAUUGAAGUGAUGCCCUACACACGGCCUCCUUCCGCAGACUCAAUCCCCUUUGGCUUAGCAUGGCUCGCCCUCUAGCUCUAUCCCUUUAUGUGGUCUCAUGUCUCUCCUGCAACGGCCUAGCACUUGGCUUCUCUCCAGCCCGUUAUUCUUGUCCCCAUUUGUGGGUGCCUAGGCCUCUCCCUGUCUAGUGAUAGACACCUGCUCACCUCUCCUCGUCAUCUCUUGAUCCUUGUUGGUGUUAACUGUGGCCAAUUCGCUCUGAGGAGACAACAAGUGAUAGAAAGACUUUUGGAUAUCUGUUAAGCAGUUUCAGGGGACUAAAUGUCAACGAAAACAAAGAUUUACAUUAUAUUAUGUGGAGGAACCAUAGCGGGUAUUCCUCCAAAAAGUAUUCCUCUAUUGGAGUUAGAUUUUUUAGCUGAAAUGUAUCCCUCAUGAGCAUUGCCCAUUACUGUUUAUGGGCUUUGAAUUUUUGUCUACAAUUUUUCUGUUGGAUUUCCCGUUUUGUAGAUGAGUCAGUGUAUAUAUUCAUUAUCCCCGUCCAUAUUUCCUCUUUUUGAAUGUUUUGCGAAAAUGUUAUGUAACAGAUUUUUGUAUGAUAGUCUUCAUCCUUCUCUUUCAUUAUUUGAAUAUUUGCUUUAUAUUGGUCUAACUUCUUGUUGAAUAUAUAGUUUUUUUGUUAUUAAAAUUUCAUUUCAUUCAGGUGAGCUUGACAAUGAAUAUAUCUGCCAACCUUCAGACAGUGUUUACUUGGAACACGAAGCAGGUACACAAAAGGAUAAUCCUUCGUAUGAGGAAUUUUGUUGUUCUUUGUUCAUAUUGUUAAUUUAUUCUCUAUUGAUUUUUCCUGAAUUCAAUGAGAUGACCUCCUCAAUUAGAAAUAUUUCUUGUACUCAAAGUGUCAUAAUUAUCUCAGGCAAGUGCUUAUUUCAUUUUUUGGCCAAUGCUAAGUAGAUUUCCUGCAACAUUUUAUUUUGCGAGUCUUCUUCUAAGCAAUGGUCCUCACAACAUGACUGAUAGGUAGUAAGGCUUUGUUAAAAUUCUUAAAUCUGAUUAGGCCAACGGGUCCUCUAGUCCAUCUUAGUGGAGGACUGUAUUCUUCUCCUUACUACCUCCUUUUCUGAAGGCCCUUCUUUUUGCAUUAGUUUUGUUAACAUAUUUUGACAACUUAUUGACAGAGGUCUAGACUUCAAGAGAACAAACAGCCGAUUGCUUAUGAAGCUUUUUGUCUCCAGCUUUGGAUAGCUUCUCAUCUCCAUCUGAGGUCUUCAAAUUCCUUUUCUCGAAUACGAUUAUUGAAGAUUUUGAUCAUCAACAUUUGUACUUUUCCUUCUCCUCAAAAACCGGAAUGAUCUUGAAUUUGAGCAUGUCUUUCUUUAGUAGAAGCAACCAUUUGAAAGCCACAUUUGGCUAUGUUUCUUUAUCUCAGUGGCGUCGCCAUUUCCUUCUUUAUGUAUUUCAGUCCAUAAGCAUUUUUAAGCAUAUUCAGCUUUAGAAACUCUUCAAUGUUAAGUGCCUAUUCUUCUGCUUGAAGAACAAUCCAGCAGCUCAUUUUCCCCGUACGCAACCCAUAUAAUUACCUUCUUACCGUUUUUCCUUUUGAGCAAAUGUACUGCUGCCACUUCCAUUGGAUGGAACAUCCUUUGAACAGUUUUUGCACUAGCUCAUUAAAUACUUCGACUGAGUCAAGCCCCUUAAAAUUUGGAACAUUUUAAAGCUUUAUUCUUGAAGCCAUAGUAAAGACAGGACUCGAUUGUAAUCAGUCUUCGAAAACCCAUGUAGUGGCUGGAGGGUGGAUCCGGUAUUUCCGCUUGGAUGAUUCUCCUAAUUAAUUUUCAAUGUCCAAUACAUUAUUUGACUAUUUCUGCCUUCUGUUCCAUUGAUAAUACGUUUUCUUCCCUAGGAAAUCUGGCAUUUCAGUUAAAAUAAACCCCAAUGCAUCAAGCUUUCGGAAUACUGUAUUGCAGUACCUCUUGAAUCAGUACUCUGUAUUUUUCAUUGUUGUUGGGCCAUAAACAGAGAUCGAAGCCCACUCUAACUGAUCUUGUUUUCCUCUGAAGAUUGAUUCCCUACCAUGCUGUGUCCGCGUUCAUGGAAAAAUAAUGAGCAAGUUUUCUUUCAUUCUAUGUCACGCACUGAUCCAGCGUCUGUAAUUCUUUUUCUAUUAUUAAUUAAAAGGGAUUUAAAGGCUUCCUCAGAAAAAAAAAAAAAAAAGUGGAAGAAGACGUUGAGCAUAUUUGCUCAUCUUUGUUUUUGAAAAUUUUCAAGAUGGUGUAUGCCUGUGUAUUAUGACUGUAAGGGCUACAUGCAAAUUACCAACCAUAUAAAAAUCAAAAGUGCUGGAGAUAACAUGACUGGCAGAAAUACUACGACUAGAAGGCACAGCAGAGACAAACGAUCUUCCUCAAGAAACAAGAUGAUAGAUAGAACGAGGGAAAAAAACGCCUAGAAGAAAGAUUAUCCCUGACCUUAAUCGAAUUCAUUAAGCAAGUCUGAUGAUUACUUCCCACUUCCGCUGCUCUUGGCUGAUUAAUCUCUUGAAUCUGUCACAAGUGGGAAACCUCUUGGUGACCAGUUUCUGUGGGAACUUUUAUUUCUGAGGGGAGUCAACUCUUGCAAGCCGUUCUCCCCCUCUGAAAUCUAGACCCACCAUUAGCAUGAUCUUUUGCAAGAGAAUAAACAGCAAACAACAAUUUUGGAUUCCUUCUUCAUUUUCACUUGACCUCCUGAUCUCUGUUGUCUAAAAUAUAUUCCACCACACAUUUGCUUAUCUACGUUGAUCUAUCACCAAUUGUUCGUCAUCUACUGUACGCAAUAUAUUUUUUUGCAUAUUAUUUUUCGUUUCAAACAUUUUCCUACGUCCUUUCUAUUAUGACGCAUGGAUUUUGAUCUGUUGUAAAAUAAAUUUUAGUGUUCACUUCUUGGUGCAAUUUUUUUAUUUUCUUGAAUUUUCUUUCAUCCGCUGGUUUUUAGAAAUUAUUCCGCGGUAGGGACUCCUAGCCUCUUGACCGAUAUAUAAUAUCCUCCGUGGUAAAAUUUUCCAUGCUUUUCUCUCAUGUUAGCCCUAUACAGGUAUUUGUCUUCGUAGCUGCAGAGUAUGAAACUCCACAGAAUUCCUUGAACCAGGUAAGUUUGAACAACUUCUCACCAUUCCAUGCGAAAAAUGCAAUAUCUGUUGCCUCUUUCCUCAGCUAUGCAUAGCAAUCUGAACGCUUCAGCGGCCACAAUUGUAAUUAUAUAAUAAUUUAGGAUAAUCCUUUCAAUCUUUUGGUAGUUAAUGGGGGCAACGUCAAUGAGACCAAACAGAAGGUGCAUAAAAUGGUUUACUUAGGAAUCUCGAGAUGAUGCAAGAAAGUGCGAUUCUCUUUGAAAUCACCUCAAAAAGCAUGAUGCUACAUUCACUUGACAGUCAACUUAUCUAAGCCCAAUCCUAUGGCUGCUAAUUUUUCUUCGGUAUUUCCUUGGAAAACUUGGCGUCUGUUCAUCAUUAACCCGCAGUUUAUGUUGACUUGGGUAUAGAUCCAAUAUAUAUAUAUAUAUAUAUAUUAUACAAAUUUGUGUAUAGUUCCUGCUGGCCAUGGCACUUGAAUGUGUUAAAAUGGAAAGAGACGCACUUCAUUUUGUUCCCUAUUAGUUCCUUUUCUAGGGAUUUUUACCAAACUAAGUAGCCAUUCUUUCGUGGUCCAACAACCUUCAUGAAACUCUCAUUGACUUCUCCCUACCCGCUAAAUGGCUGUUCAGCCUAAAUUAACUCAUAACUCCACUCUGGAUACAAGGCGGAAAAUACAGAAAACUUAAAGCACGCACAUAUCAUUGAGUCCUCGUUCAGAUGCUUUUUCUCUUCUUUUUUUUCUCUUUUUUUUUUUUAUUUUAAAACCGGUUGCUUUCAUAAGUAACGCUUAUCGGAGAUGGGAUUAUGAGAAUGUUGAUGAGGAUAUUUAGUUCAGAUUGAUAUUUCAUCAGAAUUACCGAUUAGUCCUGUCCCCUUUUUCUUUGCUACUCGUGCAAGGAUUGAUUUCUCUUGUACUAUAUAACAUGCUUCGCUCCCUCUUUUUUUUAAUAAAAAAACUCAUAAUUAUAAUUUUUUUAUUAAUUCUUUUGGAUUUAUUUCUUGGUUUCUCCUUUUUGUUUUUCUCUCUACAUCUCAUAUUAUGCAGAAUAAAAUUAUCUCAUAAUUUCUCAAAAUCUAGAUCUCCUGUUCUUGACUCGAUGAAAUUGAAAUAUUUCCCACAUCACCGCACGUUGCCUUUGCAAAAUAGAGAACAGACGGCGGAGAUUUGUCACAGAAGACAACCCUUUCGAGAAAGCUCGGCCGUUGACUCAAUAAGUCAACGCCACUUACUCCGGGAACCCAUCCCGGGCUCUGUUUUUUGUUAUUAUUUAUUGUUCUCAUAUCUCCCUCUGAUCUAAGUUCUGACUUUGUAAGUUCACGCUGCAUAUUUCAUGAAGAUCAGCAUCUCACCGGUGGCAUCUGUUUGGAUCAGGUUUCUCUUUGGGACGGAAUCAUCCUCUCCAAGGAUAGUGCGACAUUCUCCAUCCACACCACGAACAAGUACCGCUUCAUCGAUCAGGCAAGCAACUGAAUGAGUUCCUGGGUUGCUUCUUAUUUCUGAGCCUGGUUGAUUCCCAGGCCCAAAUAUAGAAUAAAAAUGGUCGAUCUGACUCUGGUGAUGUCCCAACAUCUUGUUCUUGUUGUUCUUGCUGUUCUUCAGGGGAGCAACCUCCGGGGGAAGGAUGUCAACCUGACCCUGCACUGGCACGUCAUGCCGAAGACAGGGAAGAUGUUCGCCGAUCGGAUUGUGAUGGCGGGCUAUCGCCUCCCAGAGGAGUACAGAUAG